AUGCCUGGAUCAGCUACAGCUUUCCGACAAGAGAGACUGAAGAAGACCAAUGCAAGGCCAGUCCCCCUUGGUUUAUUCACCAUUAAUGAGGAAGAUGAACAGCAAAAGAAUGGAAAUUCCAGAAGACCAAAAGCGCCUGAUAGCAACAAAGUGCAAGAUAAGAAAACCGCGGCCUCCAACCGGCCUUCUUCUGCUAUUUCAGGACAAAAUAGCAACCACACAGGAAAUAAACCAGACCCUCCACCAGUGCUGCGUGUUGACGACCGGCAGCGGCUGGCGAGGGAGCGGCGUGAGGAGCGGGAGAAGCAGCUAGCUGCAAGAGAAAUAAUCUGGUUAGAGAGAGAAGAGCGGGCCAGGCAGCACUACGAAAAGCACCUGGAGGAGCGGAAGAAGAAGCUAGAAGAGCAGAGGCUGAAAGAGGAACGUAGGAGGGCUGCUGUGGAGGAGAAGCGAAGGCAGAGGCUCGAGGAGGACAAGGAACGCCAUGAAGCCGUUGUACGACGUACAAUGGAAAGGAGCCAGAAGCCAAAACAGAAGCAUAACCGGUGGUCAUGGGGAGGUCCUCUCCACGGGAGCCCCAGUAUCCACAGCGCAGAUCCAGACAGGAGGUCAGUUUCCACCAUGAAUCUUUCGAAACAUGUUGAUCCCGUCAUUAGCAAGCGGCUCUCCUCUUCAUCUGCAACUUUACUAAAUUCUCCAGAUAGAGCUCGCCGCCUGCAGCUCAGCCCAUGGGAGAGCAGCGUGGUUAACAGAUUGCUGACGCCCACACAUUCGUUCCUGGCCAGAAGUAAAAGCACAGCUGCCUUGUCUGGAGAUACAGCAUCUUGCAGCCCCAUCAACAUCAUGCCCUACAAAGCUGCACACUCUAGAAAUCCGAUGGAGCGACCAAAAUUCUUUGUAACACCACCGGAGGGCUCCACGCGAAGGAGGACUGUUCACGGCACAGCGGGCUAUAAAAGAGAGAGGGAGAGAGAAAACUUACCCUUCCACCUCACACCCGGCAUCCGAAGGGCUCUAUCUCCAUCUCAUCCCAAAGGCAGAUCACCAGCUUCCUCCCGACUUUGGCUCCCAUCCAAGUCCUUUCCCCACUUGCCUGGCACCCCCAGACCAGCAUCCUCCAUGCCUCCUGGACCAGUCAAACCUGCCCCUGCUCAGGUCCGGCCCCCCUCGCCCGGCAACAUCCGCCCCGUCAAGAGAGAAGUCAGAGUGGAACCUGAGAGAAAAGACCCUGAGAAGGAACCUCAGAAAGUUGCCAGUGAGCCCUCACUAAAGGGCAGGGCACUUUUGGUGAAGGUAGAAGAAGCCACAGUUGAAGAGGGGACACCUGUCGAACCAGAGGUUGCUCCUGCUGCUCCGGAGGCAGCCUCAGCACCAGCCUCCGCUCCGGCCUCCACUCCGGCCUCCACUCCAGCCCCGUCAUCCACUGUGACUGCCAGUGCUUCUCUGAAGACCUCUGCGGGCACCACUGACCCGGAAGAGGCCACGAGGCUGCUAGCUGAGAAGAGGCGGUUGGCCCGAGAGCAGAGAGAGAAGGAGGAAAGGGAGAAGAGGGAGACGAAAGAGCUCGAAAGACAAAAGCGAGAAGAAUUGGCCCAAAGGGUGGCUGAAGAGAGAACCCGCCGAGAGGAGGAGGCCCGCCAGCUGGAAGCUCAGCAAGCCAGGGAGAGGGAAGAGCAGCUGCGGCGGCAGGAGGAGGAGCGGGCCCGGCGCGAGCGGGAGGAGAUGGAGCGCAUCCAGAAACAGAAAGAAGAAGAAGCUCGUGUUCGGGAAGAAGCAGAGAGGGUCCGGCAGGAACGGGAGAAGCACUUCCAGAGAGAAGAGCAGGAGCGCCUGGAGAGGAAGAAGCGGCUUGAGGAGAUAAUGAAAAGAACCAGAAGAACAGAAGCUUCAGAUAAGAAAACCGUUGAUCAGAGAAAUGGAGAUAUAACCAAGGGAGCGCUCAUUAGAGGAACAGCGGUAUCUGCACUUCCAAAUAUGACAAACUCUCCAGGACAAGGAGAACCAGCAGCCAGCCCCCAUGUGGUUACCUCACACCAAUCAGAAGUGACUGUGGAGAGUACUCCCAAUUUGGAAAAACAACCAAAUGAAAAUGGAAUAUCAGUUCAGAAUGAAGAUUUUGAAGAAAUUAUAAAUUUACCCAUUGGAUCUAAACCAUCCAGAUUAGAUGUCACCAACAGCGAGAGUCCAGACAUUCCUUUGAAUCCUAUUUUGGCCUUUGGUGAUGAAGGGACACUUGGGACCCUGCCUCAGGUAGAUGGUGUUCAAACACAACAGACAGCAGGUAAGCUUGCCUCGAACUCCCUUCAGUAA